GACAAAAGCGACAUAAGAGAAAGAGUCGGAGAAGAAAAAAUCGAGUCGGAAAUUAGUGAAAGAAAAAAAAAAAAGAGAGAAAGGAAGUUACUAAAGAAGAAGACUUUAAGAGUCGCGCGUAAAAAAGAGAGAGAAAACGACAAGUGUGUGACUCCGGAGAUCGUGGUCCGGUGAUCGAUCAGCUGCGUGUCAGUUCAUUUUUUUUUCUUUCGUAUCCCGAUAAUAUUUAAAUUGACUGAAGUGCGUGCGAAGAUGAAUCUAUCAGUCGGCGCAACGAUCCUGUGCGUUCUGGUCGUAGCACUUUUGUCGGAAACGGCAUACAUCAGGCCAUCCGAUUGGCAUCUUAGUCGAUACAGACGCCUUUCUGAUCAGAGGCUCGCCGAGCUCGAGACGAUCUUGGGGUUGCGAAAUGUGAAGGGCGUUGCGGUUCCCGUAGCAUUCGGAAAAAUCGACCCAGCUAUCGUAGGACGUAAACGAAGAUCUGUCCUGGAAUCAAUUCUGGACCAACCAAAUCGGAAUCGUCCCUUACCUUGGAAGGAAGAACCGCGGGACGAACAGAGACUAUCGAUUGAUUUAAUUCAGAAGCUUGGCGUCCCUCGAGAAUGAGACGAAAGUUAGAAAAGAGAAGCGGAAAAGAGAAAGAGCGCGAGGAAAGAGAGAGGGAAGAAGGAAGUAAAGCAAUUAAAAGGGAUAUACAUACUGACAUAUAUACACAUACGUACAUCCACACACACACAUACGCAUUUAAUUGAUCUCUCAGCCGUGAUCCAUCGACAACGCAUUAUUACGGAUCAAUCUCCGUCUCCGAGAUUUCAGUUCCUUUACGGACUUUUAACGCCUGAAGAAAUAAAUAAUUAACUCUCAAUAACCAGAAAUUACUCGUGUAACGUGUGUAAAUAGACUAAAUGGCAACAGCGGGAGAUGAUGAAGAUGUGUACGGAAGAAAUUACCGUGCAAAAUAUCCAUGGGAUGACAGUGCGUGAUCGUGUCUUCGGGGACUGCGUUCUUUAUUUAAGUAUUUGAAAGACUUAACGAGAACAGUAUUUUAUAUGUGAAUAUCGUCUCAGUAUUCGUGAAAAUUUGCGCGUAAUUUGUGAGAUAUAUUUUCUCGAUAAGGCUGUAAAUCUCAUAGAUUUGAUUUACACGAUCGCGUUAAUUGUUUAUUAGAGACGUUUGGAUAAUAAUUUUUGUAAUUUCGAAAGUUUUUAAUCGUCUUUUCUCCGACUGCAUCGGUUGUUUUAAUUCGGCCGCUACUGUUUAUUAUUACGCAAGCUGAUUACAUUAGAUCGUGUAAUUUAUAUAAUAUAUCGCGUAAGAGAGCGCAACGUCAUUCCAACCGGCUUUUCUCGAUUACGCCGGUUUUUUUCGCCGAAUGUGUGAUCCGUCGAUUAUUCACGAUGACGUUGAGACAUAGAAAAGAAACGUCUGAUAUUUCACUUUUCUAAAAAAGUAGAAUCUCGCAAAAUUUCAAGUUUAUGCCGUAUAAUUUUCAUUUGGCCACCGAUUCAUUAAAUCUGCCACCGUAAUCACUUUCAAUUAAUCUCUAUCGUGGCUGAACGAAAACGAAACUAGAGCAAAAAAUGAAAAUUUUAUUAUAACGUGACCGUGACCAAUCGAUUUAUCUUUCUAGAAUAUAAAUCAAAGAUAUACAUAUAUAUACAGGGUAUCCGGCAACUUUUGACACACCCGAAAUGUGAAGGUAGAUUGGAUCAAACUGAAAAGAAAAGUCAUAUACCAUUUUCCUCUAUAACGCUUCAUAAAGAAGUUAUUAAGUCAAGUCAUCUGACCAAUCAACGCCGAUCUUUAACCUUUAGGACACACGUCAGUGAGCCGCGCGCCUGCAGUGAUGCGCCGCUUACAGUUGAACGCUCACGCACACUACCAGGCGCGCGGCUCACCAAGGUGCGCUAAGCUAAAGAUCGGCGAUGAUUGGCCAAAUUUUGAUGACCCUUUACCCAAACUCUUUUAUUAAGCGUUAUUCAAAAAAAUAGUUCAAGACUUUUCUUUUCAGUUUGACCCAAUCUAUCUUCAUACUUCGGGUGUGUCAAAAGUUGCCGGACACCCUGUAUAUAUAUAUAUAUAUAUAUAUAUAUAUACAUAUAUGUAUGUAUGUAUAUACAGAGUGUCCGGAGUCGGUCGCAUCAUCCGUCGUGUGCAGAUAGAGCAGAUAAAUCUGAGAAGAAAAAUUCUGUAUCAUUUUUUUUUUAUAUUUAAAGCUUUUUAUAGUAAAGGAGUUAUUAUUGAAGUCUGGCCAAUCAGCGCCGGACUUUUAGUCGGACGCACGUUAGUGAACCGCGCGCCUGGUAGUGGUGCGCCGCCGCGCUAGCGGCGGAGCGCUCUCGCACACUAUCAGGCGCGCGGUUCAUCGACGUGCGCCCUGCUAAAGAUCAGCCAGACUUCACUUAAUAAUAACUUUUUUAUUAAGCGUUACAGAAAAAAAUGGUAAAACAGGAUUUUUCUUCUCAAUUUUAUCUGCUCUAUCUGCACACGACGGUGGUGCGACUCCGGCCACCCUAUAUAUACAGAGUGUCUGAUAAUAAUCGUCCCACCCGUAAUAUACAGAUAGAGCGGAUUAAAUCAAGCAAGAAAAUCCUUUACCAUUUUUUUAUGUAACGCUUAAUGAAAGCAUUAUUAUUGAGUAAAGUUUGUCAAUCAUCGCUGAUCGCAUGUCGGUGAGUGGUGCGCCUGGUAAUGUGCGUGAGCGUUCAAUUGUCACAGCCUCAGACACCCUGUAUAUAUUACGAGAAUAUCUGUUACAGCAUAGUUUACGAUAGUGUUUAAUAUGAAAAAAAUCCUGAAUUUAUUACGAUCCUUAUCGAGAAAUUAAUUGUUAAUUUUACGAAUUUACUUACUUCGAUAAAUCUUUUUGUUGUUUUUCCAGAUGUUUAUCUAAAAUUAAUCGUCUGUUCUGCCUUUGACGAACGAAUUUAUAUCACGCUCGCAAGUAAUGUUUCCUUUAUUAUAACAAAAUUAUUUUGUACCUUAUUGUUAGCAUAAAGGACCAAAAUUAAUAUUAAUUGUGAAUUUUGAAACUUUUACGCGUGCGAACGGCAUGUAUUGCAUUCCGGGCUCGGCCAUGUAUGUUUUAGUUUUUAUUUAUUAAAUUCUUACUUAGUCAUUUCUUCUUUAGUUCUACGUUGAUGUAGAAAUUAAGAAUUUACAUCAGACAGAAAAGUAGUAUCUGUCAUCUAUCGAUGGGAUUUAUUGUAGAUGUGACCAUGUAUUGAGAAAUGACACAAAGCAUUUCUCAUACGAAAUUAUCUCUUAUUGUUAGCAAAUGAUUAAUUCUCUAGAUGAGUUUUAUUUUUAUUUUAUAAGUUUUAAUGUAGAGAAAUUAUUUUAGUAUUAAUUGGACUCGCGCACGCAUCUCAUGAGUCUACGUUCCUUAACAUUUACUACUUAUUGCCAUGUAUAAUGUUUAAUAUUUAUUUGUUAAGAAAAGAUACUAAAAA